AUGCGGUUGCACGACUCACAGCUUGGAGACGCAUACCAGGACAACAAGAAAGAUGACGUUAGAACUCGUCUCGGGGAUGAAAACUGGGAGGCGCCUACGAAGCGAAGACCUUACUUGAAGUAUGUCGAGAGUCUAUCAAAGAGAUGGCCGCAGCUCGAGCUUCUACAUGACUUCAUGGAAGUUGGGACUGUACCCACGCGCUGGUGCAUCUUCCCCGGAGAGGAAAAGGAGAAGAACGAGCAACGACGCUAUACAUAUCAUGAUGAUAUAAAAGAAAGAAGAAAGCAACAAGAAGAAAGGGCAACGAAGAUGAAUGUCGCAUCACUGACAUUCAAAGAUGGACAGGCAGAACAGUACCCAGCCAAUCACCUAUGUAGGCCUGAGGAUCUUAGAAGGGCUAUUUCAAUGGCGAGAACUCCUGAAAUAGGAGUAAAGUUCACCUUAUUCGUCGUCGAGGAUCUUUCACAGGAUGUGAUCGAAACCCUUGGAUCAGAGCUAGCUAUCGAUCCACGAUUCUUCCGCGCUCAUAUCACCGACUAUGUCUGGAACAAUAUCCGCGAUAGAUGGCGUGAGCCGUCAAUACUUCAGGUUGAUGCAAAAAGACAGACGUGGUUCCAGCUUCGCUUGAUCCGUUCUCGAUACUUUGAGAAUCAAAGCCAGCUGACAGAAGCCAAAGCGCAAGUCAACGAGUUCAAUGUUAUGCGACGCCUUGAUGCGGAUAAGAACCAAAUUUUCUGGGAUAAGGAUCCAGAUCCCACCAUUUGGGAAAGGCUUGCAGGUGAACCUUCCCAAGAUAAAAGUCGAGUUGAUGCAAAGGUUGGUCAUAUGCGCAGUCGUGCUACGUUCUGGCAGAACCUGGAAUCAACGAUCGCCGGGUAUCCUCUUUGGCGCGGAUAUCCCAACUGGGACGAACUUCCUGCAUUCGAUACCAACUAUGCCCCUCCAGACGGAGUGCGCGACCUUCAGAUCCCGCCAUCUUUGAGAACCAAGGAUGCUGAAAACCCAAUGAGCUGGUUCGAAGACUACAUUUUCUGGGCCCAAAAGACCGCCAACGUCGCAAAGCCCACAGAUGGUGCGAAUCAACAACUUUCCAUUCCGAUCCAGUGCUUGUUGCAUUUGGUAAGUGGCGAGUGGCUUACAUUCGCCGACUAUCUCAACGCCCGGCUCAACCAAAUCGACUGGGGAAUCGUGAACCCAUCAUUCUUCCCCGAGUCUGGAGGUACAGACCAUCAGAAGCAGAGUCUUAGGAAGCUCCAUUUCUGGCGACGAUGGGUACCCCAAGCACGGGAUAUGCUUCAAGCAACCAUGGGCCAAAUCAUGGAUGACAAAGAAGAUGAAGUUGCCAAGUCUUUCAAGCUUUAUCAAGACGAUCUGGAGAUUAUCAAGAAACGUUUGGAGGACUACGAAACACGGAUCGACCGUCUCAGCACGGUAGUCAACUCGACUAUCAGCCUGACUGAUGCCAGCAACACAUCCAAACUCACCACACUCGCUUCGCUUUUCAUUCCACCAAGCUUAGCGGCUGCACUGUUAUCAAUGAACAUGGAUCCACUAAUUGGGCUUGGGAACUCCCUCAAAUGGUGGGCAGUGGCGUCUGUCGUGGCUGUGACAAUUCUUUUCGCCAUAGGUUAUCUGUUGAAGACCAAGAAGGCAGAAAGCUUGAAAAAGAACUUGUCGAUUACGAAGCUGGUUUCGAAGUUGGAAGGACGAUGGAGGAGCAAGGAGAAGCCGAAUCUGAGUACGAAUGGUGCAGUCUGUUAA